CUGAGAGCACUCUGGUUCAUUAAAGACGAGAUUACAGUCCUUACGGUACCAGAAUACAGCAUUAAUGACUUUGAAUUAUCAUUCGUAUAAUUAUCAACAUAAUGAGCUGUAGUAGUAGGCUAGUUCGUACUGGUGUAGUAGCAGCAGCGUGAGAAGGCCAGACGGAAGAGGCGUGAGUCACAGCGCGAGCAAAAUGGCGGAAUAAGAGCGAGCGAGCGAGCUUAGCUCCACGCGCAGCCUCACAGACCGCACCGGGGCCACGUGACAUGGGUAACGCGAGCAGCGAGAGGAGCGGAGAGAAGGCGCAGCGGCGCGAGAACCGCGGUGCCAAGGAUGUCGGACGGCCAAAGCUUUUAAUGGACAACGUGGAGGACGGGGACAUCUUUCAUGGAGAUGAUGCCAAGGAGUUCCUGGCCUGGCAGAAGGAUGUGGCAUCAGACUCUAGGUUCCCCAUCCCUGAGGAGCAUCCUACCGUGUUCAGAUGGUCAGGACCAGCCAAGGACGUCUGUAUCUCUGGCUCCUUCAACAACUGGGCCAGCAAGAUCCCUCUGUCCAAGAGUCAUAAGAACUUUGUGGCCAUUCUCAACCUGCCUGAGGGUCAGCACCAGUACAAGUUCUUCGUGGACGGACAGUGGACGCUGGACCCUGCGCAGCCUGUGGUGACCAGUAAGUCUGGUGUGGUGAAUAACGUGAUUCAGGUGUGUAAGACAGACUUUGAAGUGUUUGAUGCUCUGAAGACCGACUCUGAGAAAUGUUCUGACCUGUCAGACGUGUCUGGAUCGCCUCCUGGGUCUUACCAGCAGGAGGCGUACUCUAAGAAUGAGGAGCGCCUCCUCACACCCCCCAUCCUCCCCCCACACCUGCUCCAGGUGCUCCUCAAUAAAGACACCGGCAUCUCUUGUGACCCAACUCUGCUUCCUGAACCUAACCACGUAAUGCUGAACCAUCUUUAUGCACUCUCCAUCAAGGAUGGUGUGAUGGUUCUCAGUGCUACUCAUCGCUACAAGAAAAAGUACGUCACUACAGUGCUGUAUAAACCCGUCUGAGCAGAGCAGACUUGCCCGUCUCCCACACGCUUCAGCACUGUUACCAGCAUGUUUGAGGAGCCUGAACCCUCCCCACAGCACCGUGGGAUUUCUGGGACAGGACUGGGUCAGGCUCCUGUUUCCACAGAGGACUCGAGUUUAAUCACUUUAAUGGCUCAGGGAGGGUUUGUAAGGGUUUGUAGUUUUUUUUUCAUCCAACACAAAAACUUUCAUAUUUUAAGGAUUUUCCAGUCAAGACUUUGUACUAUGUACUUUUUUGUUUUGAUUGUUUAUUACAUUUUGUCAACACAAUUACAAUGUAAAAUGUGAAAUAAACAUGACUGCAUAUGUCACUGAA